UGUAAAUUAUGCACAAAAAAUGUUGCAGCUCCUGGUAACAUGACUAAUUUGAAAAAUCAUUUAAAAAGAUCACAUUAUGACAGCUACACUAGUAUCUUUGUUGAUCUUAACGUAAACGAUGGUUCUAAGGGUCCAGUUCAAGUCAACAACAAUAAAAAAGAUUUAAACAUUCAAUCGAAAAUACUUAAAUCCGAGCAGCAGAGAAUUGAUGUGAGUUUCAAUCGGAUGUCUUCAUUUAAAAGUGGCGAAACCCAACAUGAAAGAAUCACAAAUACUUUAAUAUUUAUGAUUGUUAAAGACGAUUUACCGUGCAUGGCUACUGAGAAACAGGGUUUAAAAAUGUUAUUGACGACAAUUUGUCCUCACUAUCAGAUUCCUAGUCGAUACGAAAUCACCGAGUUGAUUCAAGGGAAAGCUAAAGUCUUGACCAUGUUACCAAAAAAAGAAAAACUAGAACGAUUGAUUUUUUCUAGAAUCGAUUCUUUAUUGUAA